GGAAGCACUGACGGAUUAGUUUCACGAGAUCUGCAACCAUCACAACAUGCUGAUACAUUUACCCUAAAUAGGGAAUCGUGUUAUGUUUUAAAGCCUCUAAUUAAAAACAGUAACAGAAUGCCCGCCCGAAACACCAUAACCGGUGGGAUCCCCAACAGCAGAGUCCGUUACUCCAAAUUGGCCAAUGAUGAUGAUGGCUACAUUGACUUACAGUUCAAAAAGAGUCCACCCAAAGUCCCAUACAGGGCCAUCGCCCUGGCAACGGUGCUCUUCCUGAUCGGCUCUCUACUGAUCAUCAUCGGCGGGCUCCUUCAGGCGGGCUACUUCCACGUCACUCAUCAGGAUCGCACUAUUCCCGUCCUGAUCAUCGGAAUCCUGGUGUUCCUUCCUGGAUUUUAUCAUCUGCGGAUUGCCUACUAUGCCUUCCGAGGUUACCGUGGUUACUCCUAUGAUGACAUUCCUGACUUUGAUUGACGUGUGUGCGACGACCAGUCCGUCCUGAGGGGAACUCCUCUGUGUCCUCUGACACACACACACACACACACACACACACACACUCCUCUGUGUCCCCUCAGACAUCUGGGGGUGUUUCUGAGCAGUGUU